UACCCUGGGUAUGAUCGCUCUACUAGAAUUUCACUACAAGUUCUGUUCUCAGUUGUACUUAAGUGUAAUGUAAAGCAUCUCUUUACAUGUUUCAGGUAAAGAAUUGAAAAGAAAAAAAAGACAAAACUAUGCAUCCGAGACAUGGGCGUGAGCAUCUCGAAAGAAAUGAACAGGGUUUUGGUAACAGCCAUACAGAGAAUUUAAAGACUAAGCAAAACUUUACAAAGAAGUAUAGAAUGCAUGGUGCUGUAUUUAUUCCUGGACAGGGUCUUAUAUAGCUCAGGCCAAGCUUCUGACCCUCCUGUUCUGGUUCUCUGGAUGUUAGGAUGAGUUACAGGCAUGUGACCAUGGCCAGCUUCUGUAAAUACUUUUAUUAGCUGUGUUGAAUUUUCUGACUCCCAGCCAGAUCCUGGUGUGAGAACUUCUCCCCUUCUUAUGGCCCCUCAAUUUUCCUUCUUUUGGUCCUGAUCCAAGCUCAUAAUGUACGCAGAGCACUGCUCUAUGACUUUUACGUUGGUUCCCCACCACCCAGGCUCAGAAGUGAUAAAAUAUUACUCUAGACCAGGAGAGAAAUCUUUGUGAGAUGAGAUAAACUGUCUGAGAUCACAAAAUGCAUGGUUUUGGGGUUAGUCUAUAGUCCCUGGAGACAGGAAUGUCUAAAAUACAUGAAGAUGAUCAUAGGGGAUGCUGGGCCUCACAAACUUUUCUUUUUUAACAGGAUUUAUUUUUGUAUACAUGAGUGUUUUUGCUAAACUAGAAUUGAGGCAGCGCAGAAAUAAAUGAGGAGACUGACCGCUACCAAAGCAGAAUUGUCCUUUAAUCAGAACAGCUGAUGGCCAGAGCUUCUCCUCACUACAGGAGACUGCUCCAUAGCCUUGGGGGUUGGGGGUUUGCAGAUUCCAUUUGCAGGUCAGUUUACCUGCAGUCUGAAAGGUGACUCCAAAAGGAGGAUCAUAUGAGAAGCUUCCAGGAUCCUAACAAUCAAGUCAACUUCCCUGAGUGUCUCAGUCCACCAGGUCAUUAACCAUUAAAUUUGACCUGCAUCUGCACUUAUAUACCUAUCGAUCACGGAUGCCUUGGGGGGCCAGUAGAGGGUGCUAGAUCCCCUGGAACUGAGGGUUGUGUGAGCCACCUUCUGUUGCUGGGAACAGAAUCCAGGUCCCUGGAAGGUCAGCUACUGCUCUUAACUGCUGGGUCAUCUCUCCAGCCCAACCUCACAAGCCUUCAGAUUUUUCUGAAUGAACCUAUACCAGCCCACCUGCUACCUAGUGUCUGGAUAGAAAGGCAUUUGCCAUGGCAGCCUGCAGGCCUUUGUACCUGUGAUGAAACCACAUGCAGUCAUCAAAAGCAGACCGUAUUUCCACAGCCUAAGCUUCUGUGAUAGGUUAGCUGUAUGACCUGAGGCAAGUGACUUAACUGACACUGUUGGGAAUACGCAAAAGAAACUUAUUCUAAAUACUACCAUUUCCUUUUUAGACUCCAUUUAAUCAUAGGACCUAAAUUCAAGGUCCCAGGCCCUAGGAGAGCUGAGGACCUCUCAAUAAACAGCUCCUAUUAUAAGGAAACAGUUAUCUGAGUCCAGACACCUCAGGGACAACUUCUCCAUCUUACUGGCAGGGUCAAACUAAGUUCAUGUUCCCAGGACCUAACCUGAUUGACGGAAACUCCCUUUCUCAACCCCUUAUGACAGAAAACGACUGAACAGUGGUACAGCCCACCCCACUCAUCCUUUAAAUAUGCUGCACAACAUCCUCUCAAGGUCGGAGUUCAGCUCCUGAGUCUGUUCUGCAGCCCUGAUUGAUCAGCAGCAGUGAUUACAAAACACCUGUCAUCCGCAUUGACUUGGUAUGAGUUGUUGGGUUUAAGCAGACACCACGACACUCAAGGCCGUAAUCACAGAACUUUACAAUCUACUCCACGCCAUACUGUGAAAGUUCUACUUCAUGUACAUAGACUGAAGCUCUGAAGGGAAAGACAUACUGGCAAUCGGAAGCCAAAAGUCACACCGCACAAUGAGCCUCUCAUACAAGAGACUAAUUGGGAAAGAAAAAAAUCCAGAAGGGUGUCUGUUUCCGCUCAGGAAAGAAGAAAGCAAGGAACUGAGUGGUAGGUAGGGCUUGUAUAGGAUUUUUAGUCUCUCCCAACCCCCACCCGACCCCAGCUUUCCAUGGUGGGGAUUGGUGAAAUUUCAAAUCCUCAGCUUGAGGGAGCUCAAAGAUUGGUGGGGUUUGCUCAGGGCUUGGUGGGUUUCUAUAUGGAGCUCGAGGAUUGGUGGGAUAUGAGUGUGUGUGUGUGUGUGUGUGUGUGUGUGUGUGUGUGUGUCUUGUAGGGUGGGGCCUGGCUACUCUUCCUCCUCAGACCUGGGAUGAGAGUUACAGCGGUUAGAAAACGACUGUUAGGUUUAGGGACCAUUAAGGAAGUCUGGGGCGGGACCUAGCUGCUGGAGCUCCGGGUUGCUGUGGUGGUGGUAUGUUCACUUUCCUGCCUUGAGGUCUUACAAAGUAAACAGAGUUCACAAAGGGAGACCUGGGCAAAGAAGGCUUUUCCUGCCUCUCGAGUUGCAGUGAAUAGCCAACAAUGUAAGUACGUGUCCAAUAAGCGAUUACUGGUUUUCGUGACAAACUUCCUAGAAUCUGAAGACUUCACGACCUAUCUGUGACAGCUCCAGUCUCAGACCCCGGCAAUUCUCUCUUCCAAAAAUAAGGAAGUCCUUGGUGUUUCCUUCCCUUCUGACCUCAGGAUGAUCGUCAUAGCCGAUAUGCUCUCCAGAACUAAGCCUUAGACCUGCACUGGGAGAAUGGCGAAAGCAACUCAUACCAGAAGAAGCAUUCUUCUGGGUAGACCAGUUGCCUAAAGUUGAAGGACUAGGGACCACUGCUCACAGGGAGGCAAAAGCAGCCCGCUUAGACCUGCUCGAUCCACAGUGUAGGUGCAGUAACAAGGGCGCGCCAUGGACUACAUUUCCCAGCAGUCCCCACGCACCUCGAGCCCUGGAAGCACAGUCCACCGGUCUGUUUCCGGCUGUAGGUUUCCGGGACGUUGGGCUCGGCCUUCGGAAAGGUUUUCUUUGUUACGCUUCUGGGCCCCAGCAUGACACUCUAACGCCGCUGGAUUCUUGUUCAAGCGUGGCUGGGGAAUUUACCUUUUUGCAAACUUUACUACAAAAAUCUGUCCGGGCCACAUCCGCCAAGAGAUUCCCACCGCUACCGCUUCCCACCUGGAGGCCCCACCCACUGCUUAGCCUUAGCCCCGCCUUUUACCGCGAGCGGACUGUUCUCCUCCUCCCGCUCUUUUAUGCAAAGAGCAAAAAAGGUGGACCGUGAGUACGUGGCUAGACCCGACCCAAUGGAAGACAGCGCAAACGAAACGUGAACCGGAAGUCCGUCCUGACUAGCAGCCGUUGGCUUAUGACGCCUAACUCGCGCGCUGAGACUUGCGCCGCGGGCCUGAGACAUAAGUUCUGUGUGGGCCUGGGAAGCCGGUCAGGUGGCGACGCUGCAGGCCUAUUAUUGCCAAGAUCUGGACCUGGGUUCUUCUAGCGGGAUUAGGAGCCCGGGGUCUCUCGGCUACAGCAGCGGUGGCCUGCUGUUGUACAGAACCUAGGGCGUCUUUCAAGGCGGACGUAGCUGGUUUCAAGACCUAGGCACUCUGGGGACAUGAGUAUGGCUGCGGGUCCGAGCUCCCAGGAGCCAGAAGGGCUCCUGAUAGUGAAAUUGGAAGAGGACUGUACCUGGAGCCAGGAGGUACCCCCGCCUGAACCAGAGCCCAGCCCCGAGGCCUCCCAUCUGCGUUUUCGACGGUUCCGCUUUCAAGACGCCUCUGGUCCCCGAGAGGCCCUUAACCAGCUUCAGGAGCUUUGCCGUGGGUGGCUACGGCCGGAGAUGCGCACCAAGGAGCAGAUACUGGAGCUAUUGGUGCUGGAGCAGUUCUUGACUAUCCUUCCCCAAGAGAUUCAGAGCAGGGUGCAGGAGCUGCGCCCAGAGAGCGGCGAAGAAGCAGUAACCCUUGUGGAGCGUAUGCAGAAAGAACUUGGGAAACUGAGGCAACAGUUGCCCGAGAGCCUCGAGGACAUGGCAAUGUAUAUCUCUCAGGAGUGGGACCAUCAGGACCAUAGUAAGAGAGCUCCCUCAAGGGAUAUGGUGCAAGAUAGUUAUGAGAACGUGGGGACACUAGAGUCCUGCAUUCCCAGUCAGGAGGUCUCGAGCACCCAAGUGGAACAAGGAGGGAAGCCAUGGGAUCCAAGUGUCCAGACUUGCAAGGAAGGCAUGAACCCCAGAAACCCAGUUCUAGGAGUGGAAAAGUUUGAGAACCAGGAAAGGAGCGUUGAGUCUGUCUCUCCUGAAAGUACCCAUCCUCCAGUGCUGCUCCCUGGCCAGGCUAGAAGGGAGGUGCCCUGGAGUCCUGAGCAGGGAAGACUUGAUGACAGAGAAGGACAUUGGGAAUGUCCACCAGAGGACAAAAUAGAGGAGUCCUUAAUGGGAACCCCAAGUUGUAGAGGACUGGUACAAGCAAAAGAACAGCCCAAGAAACUCCAUUUGUGUGCCUUGUGUGGCAAGAACUUUUCUAAUAACUCAAACCUAAUUAGGCACCAGAGAAUACACGCAGCAGAAAAGCUGUGUAUGGAUGUAGAGUGUGGUGAAGUCUUUGGUGGACACCCACAUUUUCUGUCACUGCACAGAACACAUGUAGGAGAGGAAGCUCAUAAGUGCCUUGAAUGUGGAAAGUGCUUCAGUCAGAAUACCCACCUCACCCGCCAUCAGCGUACCCACACGGGGGAAAAGCCUUUCCAGUGCAAUGUCUGUGGAAAAAGCUUCUCUUGCAACUCCAACCUCAACAGACACCAGAGGACACACACUGGGGAGAAGCCCUACAAGUGCCCUGAGUGUGGGGAGAUCUUUGCUCACAGCUCUAACCUGCUUCGGCACCAGAGGAUCCACACUGGAGAGAGGCCCUAUCGCUGUAGUGAAUGUGGCAAAAGUUUCUCUCGGAGUUCACAUCUUGUUAUUCAUGAAAGAACCCAUGAGAAAGAGAGACUUGAUCCUUUGCCUGAGUGUGGGCAAGGCAUAAAUGACAGUGCCCCCUUUCUUACAAACCACAGAGUGGAGAAGAAACUCUUUGAAUGUUCCACUUGUGGGAAAAGUUUCCGGCAGGGCAUGCACCUUACCAGACAUCAGAGAACACACACAGGAGAAAAACCAUAUAAGUGUAUCCUUUGUGGGGAAAACUUCUCUCACAGAUCUAACUUAAUCAGGCACCAGAGAAUUCACACAGGAGAAAAACCUUAUACUUGUCACGAGUGUGGAGACAGUUUUUCUCACAGUUCCAACCGGAUUCGUCACCUGAGAACCCAUACAGGAGAAAGACCAUAUAAAUGUUCUGAAUGUGGAGAAAGCUUCUCUCGGAGCUCACGCCUCACAAGUCAUCAAAGAACGCACACUGGUUAGAAAUGGUGGGAUUUCGUUUUGCCUCAGUUGUAGCAGAAAGCUGACUUUCCAGAGCUGAUAUUUUCUGCCUCCUUUGGUGUAUUUUGCUGGUAAUUAAUAUAAAGAGAAAAUGGGACUUUUUUAAGGGAGGUACAGAGGUGAAGAACUAGCUUAAAACUAAAAAGUUCAGUCUUCAGAAGUAAGAAAGAAUUUAAGGACUUUGAGAUAGCCUGCUCGGGGAUGGUUUUCUAUGAAGUUCAUCCUAUUUUCAGAUAUAUCUACCUUUAUUGUUUUUCCCAAGUAUGGUUUGGGUACAGUACUGAGUCUAGUAUCUAUCCCAUCAAUUUUGGGGCUACCUAUGGCUUCAACUCCUUAUUUGUGACAUUAAGCAGGAGAACUUGGCCUCCUGAGGCCCUUAAGACCAAAGAAGGGCUAGGUCCUGUGAGGCCAGUUUAAGGUCAACAAGACCCAGUUUUAAGUUGCAGGGGGUUUUUUUGUUUUGCUUUGUGUUUUUUUUUUGUUUUUGUUUUGUUUUAUUUUAAGGCCCUGGCUGGGAAGUCCUGGGCAGUCCAAUUCUGCCAUUGCAACACCCCUCUGAGUAGUUUGGUUGGAGUGUUCAUUGGCAUAAAAAGUGAACUAGAGAGAUGGGAAGUCAUAAUGUGGAAUCCACAGAAGAACCCAGCAUUUUGCAGAUUAAGGGUAUGUGAUUACAGUCUACCUUUCUAGAGAUUUGAGACUUUCUUCCACCUGUUGAAAGGUACCUAGAGCUCUAUAGACAUGAUUAUGAGUGGAAGGUUCCAUGAUUUCAUCAGAUACAAAAAACAGAUCCUAGAGAAAUUAGGAAUUAUGUCCCCGUUGAGAAUGUUUGGAGGGUUUAUAAUAAAUAUCUCCAAGGAAACAUGAA